GAGGACAUCAAUUUACUUCCUUAUUGGUUUCUAUGAUCAACAAACAUCAAGAUGGAAGUAUCUGGAAAAAGGCGUGACCCUGACCUUAACAAGGGCUCCGAUGACACAACUGUCUUCUGUCAGCCGUGUGAAGAGGAGGGCAAACGCUCUGUAGCCCAGGGAUUCUGUCAGACCUGCCAAGAGUACAUGUGUGAUCCCUGUAUCAAGGCCCAUAAGAAAUUCAAGGUGUCCAGAAACCACAUUAUGUUGUCCAAAGAUAAGAUGCCGUCCUUCUACCCGUCCACUAAGCAGUCUGACAUCGGUGUAACUGAAUAUUGUAAAACACAUCCGAAUGAGAUGAUCAAGUUUUACUGUCCGACCCACAGCGACCUUGGUUGUGGUGACUGUGUAGUCAUCGGUCAUCGCACGUGCAAAGUCGACUACAUUGCUGAUGUGUCUAAGGAUUUCACCAAUGAAAGGGAAUUCAGGGAGCUGGAACCAUCUAUUAAACGAGCGGAAGAUCUUCUAUCUGGGUACAUAAGUAAAGUAAAGAAGCUUUUUGACGAGGUCGAACACCAGUCUAAGGAUGAGAUCGACAGACUGAGAAAGUUCCGUGCAGAAAUCAAUACCUACCUGGACCGACGCGAGAAGGAGUUGCUCGGCAAUAUCCAGGAAAUGAAGACCAAUGAAGAAAGCGCGCUGACUGAACUGAAGACUGAUUGUGAGUUGGCAAAAUGCGGACUUGUGGCCACUAGGACAGAACUGACUUCCGGUACCGACUCGGUGAACCAGCGGUACGUGACGGCAAGGAGAGCCCAGAAGGAACUACGGGGUAUUCAUGACAAGAUUGAAAAGAUGGCUGGUAGGAUGAAGGCCCGGAAGUAUCGAUUUGUUGAAGACGCGGACACGAAACGGCUGCUGGGAUCGAAAAUGGGCCUUGGAACACUGAACAUGGCGGGAGAGCUUGUUCCAGUUCCUGACUUCGCUACUGUGACGUGGAGGAAGGAGGCGGAUAUCCUGGUCAGAACGUCUCAGGACAAGGAAACCUGCUGGAUCACGGGCUCAUCCCUGCUCUCGCCUGGUUUCUUCCUCCUGGCUGACUGCGGUAACAACUGUGUCAAACUGGUAGACAUCAGCACCUGCACCGUCACGUCCCGCCUCCAGCUACCAGGCCAGUCAUGGGACGUGUGUGUGCUCCCCGGUGACCAGGCCGCCGUUACAGUCAAGUCCAUGAUUCAGCUGCUGUCUACGAAGGGAGGACAGCUGUCGUGCGGAAAGGAAAUUAAAGUAUCAUCUAGUUGUUUUGGUAUUGCGUUUUACAACAAUAGAUUAUACGUUUCGUACAGAUCAAACCCGCGUGUUGAAGUGAUGACAUUGGAUGGGCAUAUCAUAAGUACAUUCCAAACAGAUGAUAGAAGACAACUUUUCAAAGAACCAUAUUACCUGACUGUGUCAGCUUCAACACCGCCGACCCUUCACGUGUCUGACAUUGCUGCCCACACCGUCCUACAGCUGACCCUUGACGGGAAGGUCCUGCGGGAGUACCAAGAUAUUCGGCCCAUCAAUCCCAGGGCCGUGGUGAAGGUAGGGCCCGGCCAGCUGCUCGUGUGUGGAGUUAACAGCCACAACGUGAUGCUGCUAACGGAGAGUGACGGCAAGAUGGCGGAAAUACUGGGAAAGAAGAACGGACUGACCAAUCCCUGGUCCGUGUCCUUCUGCCCUCACACACGUGCCAUAGUUGUCGGAAUGAGCAGAAAUGACUCACUGAAGGUCUUUAAUGCAAAUUGACACCUUUUCUGUAUCAGUCGUGAUUUUGCUCUCUCUGGCGGAAAUUACCAUGUAUUCAAUGCUUUUUGAGCAAGUGAAUAGUAAUAGCAAUCAUAUUUAAUGUUCAACAUACGCUUAUUUAUUCGUUGUAACCGAGUUCUAUCAAACUGAAUGAACAUUGCUAAUUAUAUAAAUCAAGAAUGGAAAUACUAAAAUAAUGUUGUAUCAGUCUCAGAAGUUUUGUAAUUAGUAUGAAAAGCCAUUGAUGCUUUAUGACAGUCAUGUAUCUAAUAAAUAUUAAGCUUAUUUUGCAGUUUUAUUUUGCAAAACACUAGGAUAACGAGUUAGUGUAAAUAUUGUAAUACUAUUAAACACUCAUUCAAUUAUAUUUUGGUGUUUACUACUUUUGUUUUUUUAUGUUCUUUAUAUAGAUCUUUGAUUUUACAAAAUGAUCAUUAACUUAUAUAAAAAUAAUUAUUUAAACAGAUGUAUACUUUUUAUGGUUUUGAAGUUAAAAUAAGGUGUUUGACUUUCAGUAAAGAGAAAUUUAGUAGGUUUUCAUUAUCAUAUGUUAAUGAAACUCAGUCAGCAUUUCAACGGUGGGCAAGUCUCAGUCAAGUUCAAUUGUGAAGUGAAUCAUGUCAGUAAUUUCAGAGUUAUGCCCCUUUAACAUUAAACAAUAAUAUGUUUAUAUAUUAUGAAGGCAGUAAGUUAAGUUUUUUACUAUCCAAUAAUGAUGAAACUCGGUUACAGCAUUUGUGGGCAAGUCUCCGUCAAGUUCCAUCGUGGAGUUAAACAUGUCAAUAGAUCCGGAGUUAUUCCUCUAUAUCAAUAGGAAAUUGGUAUUUUAAGCAUCCGACAGGAAAUUACUAACUUGUAUUGUCCGAUCAUGAUGGAACUUGGUGACUGUGUUUGUGGGCAUUAUGUCUCGGCGUAAAUCGCUCCAGUAACUCUCAUUGGUUAUGGGCAUACUGUCUUGGGGAGAAUCACACCAGUAACUCUCAUUGGUUAUGGGCUUGCUGUCUCUGUCAGGUUCUGUUAUUGGGUGAAUCGCCUCAGUAGCUGAUAGUCAUGCCCCUUUUUAUAGUGAAAUAUAGAAUAGCAUAAUUACUUGCAGAGACAAUUACUUAAUUAUAAAACGAUCAGUACAAUAAUGAACUAAGUUACAGGAUUUUGGAUGAAUGUUCUUAUUCAAAUCAUAUAUUAGAAUAAUUUUAAAUGUGUUAAACCUGACAUGCAUAAAAUAGGACUACAUUUUACGUUUAUGCAAUCCAUUGCAAAGUUACUAUGAAGAAUAUUUUAAAUGGAAAUUUCCGCGUGAAUAUUCCAUAGGAAUAGUACAAAUGAAAAAUCUCUUAAAAAUGACAAACAUGUCUUUAGAUCUCAGUUUAUCUUCUUUGGACGUUUGCCUACUGAAUGUUAUUGUAUUGUUAUUGACAAUGUAUGUAACCUGUCUUAAUUUAGACUUAUAAUGAAAAUAACCGUAUAUUCCUUACAAGGGAUUCUUGGCUGUAAUUACUUUCACAACAAUUUUGUAGUAUUGUGCGACUUGAUUUCUGUAUUAACCUUUAACUAAUAAAUGAAUUUAAUUUUUA